AUAGUUUUAUUAGUAUCAAGAAGAGGAAAAAAAAAGAAGAUUGUUGAAAAUCUGCAUUUGCCACUGCAUCUGAAUUCCAACAAAACCGAAAAUGAAUGAGGGCAGUGCGUUAUCGUCGUACUCCAUUCACUCGGUGUGCCGCAUCUGUUUGAAUCAUUUGCAAAAUGGUCCCGUUUUCGAUCUAUUCCUAAUACCCGGACUGGCCAAGAAGCUGUGUGUGUGCACAUCGCUGUCGGUGGAGCAGCAGGAUGGAUUCCCCCGCAAUAUAUGCUGCACCUGUCACACCAAAUUGGAUGAUAUGCAUCAGUUUCAGAAAUUGUGCGUCGAUUCGGUGCAGAAAUUCAAAGAGAUGUUGGACAACAAUGCAUUCCAGACCAGUUUCGAUGUGCUGGACCCCAGUGUGGCGGCCCAGGAUAUGCCAGCUCAGGAAGAUGAUGAUCAUAUUAAUUUUGAUCCCUUGCUGAAUUCCAAAAUUGAAAUCAUUGAAAAUGAAGAGGAUGUGUUCAAAAUGCUCGAGACUGUGGAUAAGGAAGUGGAGGAGGUGGAGAAGCCACUGGACGAUGAUGAUGAUGACGAUGAUGAUCGUAUGGAUAAAUUCAACGAUGACGACGACUACUCAAUGGAAAGCGGCAAUGAUAAUGAUAGAGAUGCAGAUUUUCAAUUAAAUAGCAGCGAUGAUGAUGUACCCUUGUCUCAGAGGACUCGACCAGCUCAAACCCGUAAGGCCAAAAAGGUGACCAAACAGCAGCAGCAGAAAAAGAAAAAGCAGCAACAAACUAAAAAGGCCAAAAAGGAUGCCGUCGAUGAGGAUGAGGAUGAACUAAGCAGUUCUUCAUUUGACUCCGAUGAUGAUGAGGAUGGCGACAGUGAUUCCAAAUCGAAGGGCAAACGCAAACGGAUACCAGCCGAUGAGAGGCAUUUGCAUCGUCUCAUCGAUUGCCACAUUUGCCAUCAAAAGUUCAAAAAGGCCAUUCGCUAUGAGGAGCACAUGAAGCAUCAUAAUGAUCUCCUACCCUUCCAGUGUACGGUCGAGUCAUGCCGCAAGGGAUUCACCACAGCCAACGGUCUGAGAGUUCACGUAGAGCACGCCCACACGGAAACAUCGGAAAUGCAUCCAUGCACCGUUGAGGGAUGCAACAAAAGCUUUGCCCGCCCUGUUUUGCUCAAUUUCCAUAUGAAACGUGUCCACAAAAUCAAUACUCCCCAGCGGGACUUCCCCUGCACCGAAUGCGAAAAAGUAUUCCGUUGUCCGACCGCACUCAAGAAGCACAUGUACAAGCACACGGGCGAGGAGCUGCCAUUUGCCUGUGAAAUCUGUGGCAAGCGCUUCCCCAUCAAUAGUGUCCUGCGAGAUCACUUGCUCCGGCACGCUGGCAUCAAGAAUCACGUCUGUCCCUAUUGCGGAGUGGGUAAGACCACUCGCCAGGAGUGGAACAAACACAUCCUGACCCACACCAAGGAGAAGAAGUACGCUUGCCGGCAAUGCGAACACACAUCGCACAACAAACAGGCUCUGGCCAAUCACGUAAAGGUGGUGCACGAGAAACGCAAGGAUUUCGCCUGCCAGUAUUGUGGCAAAACCUUUGGCAAGUCGCAUGCCUGCAAGAUCCAUGAGCGUAGUCACACUGGGGAGAAGACAUGCGAAUGCAAGAUCUGUGGCAAGGUAUUCCUGUUUGAGAAAGGUCUCACCAAGCAUUUAAAGACGCACGAGAAACGUGAUUUGCCCCGAACACAAACGAAUCCCGUUAAUAUACCCGAUCAAACUCAGCAGAAUCAGGCCUCCACCUCUGCCGAUGCGACGGCAGCAUCGAAUUUCGCAGCACCUGCUGCCCCGACUACUUCUCAAACUGUGCCCAAACACAAAUCGAACAAUUCGGGACGUGUUGAGCGAGUGGAUAUCUCGCAAUUGGCUGGCACUGUAGUCAAUCCCAUACCAUCGGUGAAUCUUCCGUCAUGGUCGCCUCAGGUCAGUUUCACCAAGAAGGAGGGCCAGCACAUUUGUCCCGAUUGUGGCAAAGGCUUCAAUCACGUCAGCAAUAUGAAACUCCAUUACAAGGUUGUCCAUCAGAAGGUUAAGGACUUCUGUUGUCGCUUCUGUCCCAAGCGAUUUGCCAAGAAACAAUAUUUGCGUCAUCACGAAUAUAUCCAUACCGGUGAGAAGCCCUAUGAAUGCAAGAUCUGUGGCAAGCAUUUCCGUCAGGAACAAGUUCUCAAAACGCACAUGAAGGUACACGACAAGCCGCCAAAACCUCCAAGUAAAUCAAGCAAAGAAGGUGCACCCAAAUCGGAUCAUCAGCCAUCGAAACGUCAGCAACCGAAGAACUUUGAGCAAUAUCAGGAUCCGGCUGCCGAGCGAGCUGCCGCCACAGCUGAGCUGUUGGCAUUCCAAAUCGAAGAGAAUGAGGCUAAACGCAAGGCUGAAAUUGAGCUUAAGAAGAUCCAAGAGGCGGCCUUCGAGCAGCUAAAUAAGCUGCAAAAGCAACAGAAUACCUACGAUGGCUUCUAUGCCCAAAAGAACGCCGAGGAGACCUCCUCGACUUUGGAUUCCCUUAAGUUUGAUCACGUGUAAGAGAAUGGACAGUGAAUUGGAUGGGAAAUUGGAAUUAAAGCUAGACGAUUUGUUGGGAUAUCUACGAGUAAUGUGCAGCUAAAUGCUAUUUAGUUUAGAUUUAUUAAGUAAUUUUAACUACAUUUUAAUAUGUCGGGAAGAUGAAUUUCCUCCACCCCCAAUCCCCUCUCCCACGUAGCAUAUAUGUAUGUCCUACUAUUUGUAUAUGGUAAUAAGUUUAACCCAAUUCUUUAUUGGAAUUUGUUUCCCCUCUCCCCCGUCUCCCAAUUUGUAGAAUUGUAAAUGAUAUUUUUCAUCAUUUUUUUAGAUACCUUGUCUCACAUUCUUUUUUUUUUUGAAAGAACCGAAGGAAUACACCUUUUUUUUUUGUUUGCUAUUUUGAUACAUUUAUAAAUUUAUUUCCCAAAAAAAAAAAAAAAAAUAAAUAAAAUGGGUUAAACAUUAGCAAUUUUAUAUAUAAUAUAACCUUUCUUAUUUUAUAAUUAUACACUAUUUUACAUUUAAUCUCUAUAUGAUUAACAAUUAAAAUACAUAUACACAUAUAAAUUGAA